AUGGCACCUAAUACCAAGUCACAAGCAGACUUCUACUGCCUGUGGAAAGACGAGACCAUCCGCGAGAGACUCUUCGACCUGCUCGACAAGAGUGACCUCUGCGCCGUCCGCGCCACCAACUCAACAUUUUCUGCUCUCCUCACUAAGCGGCUCUUCUUGAGAACCCAUCUAACCUUCACAGCCAACACCUUCACCAAGCAGACGCGCAUCUCCGCCCUCAGUCGAAUCGGCCACCACAUCGAGCAUCUCACCUUCUCCUUCCCUCAUUCGGACGCCACUUUUCUUCCACCUUUAAUCCACCCGACCACAGGCCAUGAAAUCUCCUUCCUCUAUCAUCCUAUCACCUCCAUGACCGCCGCGCUGUUCAGGCCGAAAUUCACAAGCACCGAACUGGGUCAGAUUCUCACGGAGCAGUACCCGCCCUUGUUCCACGCCGCUUCCAACGUGCCUUCCUUUAUCAACGCCAUUCGUCACUUGCCCAACAUGCGUCACCUCACCAUCAAAACCCCCGGCCAGGACCCCAAGGAGCGGUAUCGCAGAGACUGCGUUGACUACGCCCUAAUCAGCUUGCGCAUCUCUCUGGAACGGGCCCCGCUCACCAAAUUUUCCAAACUGUCGCUGUCGGGCGUCCACCCAACAGCCUUCAACUACCUCCGGCACACCCCCGGCUCCGGAUACGGCGUCUCCCCUUCCGCCGAGCGCCGCUGGCGACAGAUUCGGAAGUUAUACAUCAGCGUCGAGAGCUGGGAUUUCUACCACCCUACUUCGCCCGGGCUGGACCACCUGAAGAUUAUGGAUGAGUUCAUCCGUUGGUUUGCUCCACGACUAGAGAAAUUCAGUUUCACGUGGGAUGGACACCAGAAGGGGCCCUGUCCUAUAGCAUUGGGCGAAGACCCUCUUUUCGCGCCAGCUGGAGGAAAGAAACAGCGAAAGAAACUGUUCAACGAGUUGACGGACUCCAUGAGCCCGCUACCGGAAAGGCCAAUGAGAAGAGAGAUUGACAUGCCUCGUCUCAAGUAUUUGUCGGUACGAAACGCGACGAUGAACGCAAGUCAGGUGAACGGGCUAGUCAAGCGACACAUGCGAACAGUAAAGGAGUUCCAGUUCGAGGAGGUUUUGCUCGUCGGAGAGGGAACCUGGGACGAAGCACUCAAGCCGCUGUUUGACGAGGAGGAACGGAGGGCCAAGGGCGGGAAGAAGGGGGACAUUUGGUGUAGGCGAUCGAUUAGCGGGAGUGUCGAAAGCGGGAGCGUGAUGAGGCAGGGUCAGAGGAGGCAGAUGAGCGGGUUGUCGAGCACAACGGACGGCUGUGAGACAUUGCUGACGGAGUCGUCGGCUGCUACGGCUAUGACAAGGGAGUUGUUGAAUGCUGACUUGGAGACGGUGUUGGUAAACGGAGGAUGGCUAGAGGACGGGGUGGAUGAAUUGGAGGUGGGAGUGCAGGAGUGGGCUAGGGGUGUGACCGCUGCUGCCGCGAGCGGUCUGGCCACCAAUAUUGUCAUUCAUGACGGCGGAGGAGUCGACAAACGAGGAAGCGGUACAAUCACCACGAUCCACGAGGAGGGCGAGGAGGAGGUGGAUGUUUCCGAUCUGCAAAUGGGCACCAACAUGUCUGUCAGCACGAGGAUCAAGAAGCAGCGGCUUCGUAAAAAGAGCUCUGGGAAGCACCGCCGCGGAGAUGGCAGCAUCACUGAGGAAGAGGAGGCCAGUGAGUCGCGUCGCCGGGACCGUGAGCGCCGUGAAAAUGCCAGUGACGAUGAGCGGAGGUACCGCAGCACCGAAAAGGAGAAGGAUAAAGGACGCCACAGUCGAAGCAAGACCAAGCACUCCCGCCGUGACGAGUCGAGCGAUAGGCACCGUUCUCGUUCACGCUCUCGCCAUGGCAGCAAGCAUCGUCAUCACCGCCGAGACUACCCGGAGGAUGACAAGGUCACGACUCUGCCAACUUUGCCUGAACUCAAGACCUUGUCGGAAGUUAGCGGUGUCGAUGACGAGGACGUCCCUCAGCCGCCUCAACCCAAGAACGCACCCUACACGCCACCACAACUCGUUACCCAGCGACUCCCACCGUCACCUCCCCAAUCUGCCAGUGGUGCGUCCAACAAAGACAAAGCAUUGCCUCCACCACCACCGGGCUAUUCCUCGCCCACCCCUCCUCGCUCUCCUCCCCGGAUGACCGAGCAAGAUCAUCGCCCUUCUCCUCGUCCAUCUCUGGACACUCCUCAGGCUGCCCGACUCAACAUCACCGCCCCCAUUCUCAACGCCAACCCUUUCCCCGCCGUCCUCUCACCGACCGUCUACGACCCAUCCUCCAAAACCGGUCCCCUCCUCGGCAUCAGUGGACCACAAAAUGCCCGGGGCGGUGCUGUCGGCACCCUCCUAUUCCGCGACUCCACUUCGUCUAAUCCCGAUGGGCCGUCUCUCUUUGCAGAUCUCGAGGCCCACGUGGAAUCCGAGCAAGACCGGGCCGCCGCCCUCAAAAAGGCCAGGGAACAGGUCCUCGAAAAGCUCAGCAAAGAAUUUGCUCACGGCCCCUACGGCACGCCCUCCACCAGGGAAUCCAUCGAUCAACCUCCUCAGCCAACGGCGCGUCCCCAGCCGCCUAAGCGCUCUAACUCGCACUCCAUCAAACCACAACUUCCGAAUCCGUUCCCUUUGAAGCGCGCCAACUCCCAUAAUCACCACCAGACCGGUACGUCGACUGGUCAGAGACGCAAACACUCCGGUCACCACGGGCACGACUCACCGGCCGUAAUGGCUGCCCUCAACGCUUCUCGCGCAAGACCCGGCGCCGCCGAGUCGGCUCCCACCUCAGCUGUAACUGGUGAUCGUGACCACGAGGACAUGUUGGCUUUCAGCGUCCCUUACCACCACCACCACGCUGAUUGCGGGAUCACUUGCGCCCCGCCUACCAUCCCUCCUCCCCCUCAUCACAACAGCGCUACUUCCUCCUCUCUUGGCUUUGGAGCACGACUUAAGGAAGGGUUGUUCGGUAUCGUCAGGGCGGGGACGCCAGGGUUCUCCAGAAAUGGUACCCCCGGGAUCUCUCAUAUGGCUGGGACCGAAACAGUGGUGCACCGUGGGCGGAGGAGUGAAGAUGAUGCGGGAAGAAGACACAGGGAGAGAGACUACAGGGAAAGAAGGGAGGAAAGAAGGGAAGAGAGGAGGGAUGACCACAGAGACCAGCACGGCUAUAAGUACGGGCAUGGAAGUCUCGAGAGCAGUGCUGGCGGCCAUAGCAGAGGGACUAGUGGCAACGGGAGCGCCUAUGUUCCGUUGAUGAUCAGUUCGAGUGUUAUGGGACAUAGGGGAAAUUGA